AUGCAUAGUGCGAUCAAGAAAGCAGCCGAUAGAACAUGCAUCAGUUGCGACGAAUUGAAUAUCACAUGCUUGGAUAAAAAUUUUGCCGGAGAAGCGAUUGAAUGUCCAUUUUGCCACCAUUCAUUCGAGGGUUCUUUGCUUUCUUAUCAUGAGCGUACAUGCAAUUUCAAGCAAUCGAAGUAUCAGACAGGACAAGGUCCUGAUCCCGAGGUCAAGUCACCCGAUGGAAUAAAUACAAAAUAUCAAAUCGACAUCGUUCGCAAUGUAUCCGAAUUGAUCAGUACGGCAUUGUGUUCUCUAAAUAUCGACGACAAGAGAACGUUAGUUACUAAGAAGCACGAGAUUAAUGCACAGGUUAAGGGCCUUGGUAAGGCCAAAUACUGGUUGUUCUCCUCAAUUAUAGCUUGGAGACAAUCAUCUGUCGCAAAAGAGAAUUAUGAUGUCUUCUUGAAUCAACCACCGGUUGAGCAGUAUCGCACUUUUCUUUUACUAUCGCUGGGGUCUGGAUCCAGCCGCAAUUUAAUCCUCUCUAUCAUUCACUUACUCACCUUGAUAUGCCUUAUUCCGAAUCAAGAUGAUGGUGUGGAGGGCGAAGGACCGCCUAAUUGGAUAAGCGACAUCUCGCUAGUUUAUGAAGUACUUGGUGGUAGAGGUUCGUUAUUCAAGUCUGAUGUGAGUUGCGUUCUCCUCCGCCUUGGCUGGCGAGCGUCGCACGCCUUAAGACAUUCGGAAUCCCAGGUCCUGCGUGAAUGUUUACAGUUACCAAAACUGGAUAAGCAACAUGACAUCUUCGACCGCUACGUGCAUAUGUGGUUUUACAAGUCACAGUUGCCCGAUUACGCGAUGGCCGCCGCGCUUUCCCGACCGCAGUCAUGCAUGAUAUUCAUGGACCAUGCAGAGGAUAUUUUUCAAAAUAUACUUACCCUACACCAGGGAAGACGUUUCCAUGAUGAAUCGAGAAGCUUGGCUGCAGCUGCACAAGAGACAGUCAAAUCUUUCUUCCGCGACGGGUUGAAAUGGUCGCUGAAAGAAAGAUCUCUCGAAAACAUCAUUAUUUCAUUCAAUAUUAGCCUGGACCAGCUAGAAGUCGAAGAAGCGCUCAAAGCAGCCGUAGCUUUGCUACGCAAGAUGCGACUUUUUUUCCAAUGUAUACCCAGCGACCUGUACGUGGAUGAGAAUCCAGAGCAAUGCAUCCUAACAUUUGCAGAGCUAUUCAGCGAGCUCUCAAAACUAUGGCGGAGAAUAUUCUUUCUCGUUGGAAAAUGA